AUGCUCAAACUUCCCAGAAGUGAAGAGGCGGGAACGCGGACAAAGUUAUAUGUGUUCAGUGAACUGCCGUUUCUCUCUGCGGAAUCUUCCACAAUACAGAUUGACAAGGAGUUUCUGCGAAUCACCACAAAGCCUCUGCUAUCUACUUUCUUUGCUGAGCUUGACCAAUACGCACCACGCUUAAUGGAAAUCUUUCUGAGCAAAGGAGGGACACCUGGAAAGAAAAUAAGAGGUCUCAUGCUUGCCAUCUCCAAGCAUGACAACAUCCAUACCAGACGAGCAUGCAUCUUGAAGUCCUUGUGCAUCUACCUAAACGAAGACUAUGAGAAGUUACUAAAGGAGUACUUGGAUACGGACAGCGAGGCAAAAAGCUGCAUGGAGCAAACUGUGAUGGGGGUGUACGUCAUCCAGAAGGAGGGUGCUGAACCUGAAGAUGACCCAGAGGACAUUGGUGUCCUGAUUGAGGGUGUGGAGGCUCUCACUGAUUUGGGUAACAUUGCACAAGCAUGUGCUCUGUUGUUUGGACUCAUAUACUGUUUGAACCUGAGCUACCCACCAGAACUUAAAUGCACCUUUGAAGUCUUCCAGAAGAUACUUUUAAAUCUUGAUGGACAAAAGCUGUCUUCAAAGGCACAGUUUCUGAAAAACAAGCUUAUGGGGUGAGAGCACUUGAAAAUGACUGAUAGGUCUUGAAUGGUUCAUUGGUGGAAUGGUGAUUUCCAAUAUAUAAUGUUAAUAUUUGAGUUGUUUAUAUUUCAUUCUUUCAUUUUUUUAAGUUUUUGGAUUCUCUCUGUUGGGCAAUUCACCUUUUAUACAGCACUGCAGAUGAUUUCUGUUUGUCCUUAUAUAGAUGGCUCAAAAUGGAUCAGAAGUACUGA